CUUAUACAUUUUACAGACAAAUAUUCAAGUGUGUGUCAUAAACAUCAGAUUUAGAGUAAUCAGCUGAUACCGCGCGUCGCACAAGACUACUAACGAUGACGAUACAGUUAUUGUUCUUAAUCCCUUUAUUCGCUAUUGCUCAUGGCGUACCAAGGAAAACAGAUAGGCAAAUUGUGGGGGGAAGAUUUGCCCAACCGGGUGAAGUUCCAUACCAAGUUUCUCUUCAAUAUAUUAAAACAGGGAAACACCGUUGCGGUGGAGUUAUAGUUGACCAGUAUAACAUACUGACUGCCGCUCACUGUGUAGAUGGUGUAGACGUUAGCACCAUUUCGGCCAAUGUAGGACUAAUAGACCUACAAGAACCGCAUGCGGUACAUCUGAUCGAGUCCUCUUAUAUACACGAAGAUUACAAUUUCUACGAUUCAUGGAUCCACGAUAUCGCUUUACUUAAGCUUCAAUCUCCAAUUAAAUUUUCCCCUCUGGUACAUGCCGUUACUCUAACAAAUCAAAACUUUACGGCCGGCACGAAAGCAGUCGUAUCGGGUUUCGGCAGAUUAUCGUUUGAAGGAGAGAAAACUACACGAUUAUAUGUCGCGGACAUUAAAAUAGCCGAUCAGGCUUACUGUAGAAAUGUGUACGCGCGCAAGUUUGAAAAUAUUUACGAUACGCAAUUAUGUGCAAAUGAGCCAACAGUAGAAAAGGGUUCGUGCCAG